AUGGUUUCUCGGGUGCCUCCACUCUCGAGGAUAAUCUCCACUGAUCCGCCGGACAUCCUCGUCGUCCCUUCUUCCCGAGCGCGCCGCUCUCUGUCUAGGUGCAGCGAAGUUCACCAGGCGAAGCAGCCCCACAGUUUCGGCGGAGUGGUAGCGAAAUGGGUGGCGGGCAUAGAUAGGCGCUUCACGUUCAUCCUCCUUGGCCCUCUAUCCCUCCUCUACCUCCUCCUGCCGCUGCACUACCCCAGCGCCGCCCUCGUCGCCUCCCUCUCGCCUAUCACCUCCUUCGUGAAUCCCUUCUCCUCCUCCCCUCCGCCAGACCUCGGCCCAGGGCUCAAGAGGAAGGCGGAGCUGGACCGGGCCCGGAUCGCGAUCUGCCUCGUCGGUGGCGCGCGGCACUUCGAGCUCACGGGGCCGACGAUCUUGAAGAACAUACUGGAGGAGUACCUCAACGCGGACCUCUUCCUCCACAGCCCUCUGGACCGGGACGCCUUCAAGCUCUCCCUCCUCGCCGCCGCCCCGCGGGUCGCCGCCGUUCGCAUCUUCGUCCCCAAGAACAUCCCCGAGACCGAGUCGCAAAUCCGGGUCCUCUCCUCCAGCGGAUCGCCCAACGGAAUCCAGGUAGGCCACCGGUAGAAGCGGAUAGCAUUAAACUCUAAGAGCAGGUUUUCAAGGCGGUUCUGUCCAUGGGUUCUUCGCACGCAGGGGCUUCUGCAGUACUUCAAUAUGGUGGAGGGAUGCCUCCCAAUGAUCAGGAAUCAGGAGUCGAAGCGCAACUUCUCCUACGACUGGAUCGUCCGCACCCGAGUGGACGGCUACUGGUCGGCGCCGCUCGGCCCGGGGAGCUUCGUUCCCGGAACCUACCUGGUCCCCGAGGGCUCCCGCUACGGUGGCCUCAACGACCGCUUCGGCUCCGGCGAUGGCCGGACCUCCCGCGCCGCUCUUUCCCGGCUCUCCCUCAUCCCCUCCCUCGACGCCGCCGGCUACAGAAGCCUCAACUCGGAGUCCGCCUUCAAGGCCCAGCUGCACACCGCCCGCGUCGCGUAUCGGGAGCACCACCUCCCGUUCUGCGUGCUGAGCGAACGCCGGUACGCCUUCCCGCCGGUGAUGUACGACGUACCGGUGGUCUCCGUGGGGAGCCACGGGCCGAUGAGCGGCGCCAAGUGCCGGCCGUGCCGGCCGGCGUGUGUGGGGCAGUGCGUAGCGGAGGUGAUGCAGACUCUGGAGACUGGGUGGAGCUGGACGGAGUGGAGGAACGGGAGCUUGGAGCUGUGUAAUGCUGCCGGCGGAUGGGAAAAUGGGUGGGAGGCCGUCUUCGACGAGGUCGCCGGAGAAGAGGCGGCGGCGACCAGGCGGCGAGUUGCUUCGCUCGACAUGGCGACCUGCGUCGAGGGUUUUCGGGAACUAUGUCGGAGGUCCGCCAGCUGGGAUGCGCCGUCGUACGACGAGAUCUGCAGUCUGGGUUUGAAGGGUACUUCGAACAAGACACGUCCCUAG